AUGGGCUUCUUAUUCUACCAAGAUGCAUCAGUAGUUCAGGAGUCGGGCGAUCGGUUCAUGCGCGCCGCCGUUCUAAUUCGGCCGAACUGGCUGGUAUCUGCUUCAAUUGAGCGCAACGACACUGCACUGGCCUUCCCCCAGAAAACGCUGCUCGCUAGAUUUGGCGGCGUGGCCAUCGACGCCAACUUCACCUUUAACGAGGACGAGGAGGAGCAGGAACGGGAGGUCAUUCAAAUUGUUCGUCCCUACAACUUCACUGCGACGGAAUGGUGGUUUUACGACAUCACUCUCCUGAAAACUUUACUCCCUUUCAACAUUACCUCCGCGGUAGCGCCGAUAGCGCCGCAUUACAAGCGAGAUGCAAACGUCAGGAGUUGCAAGAUUCUUAUUUAUUCGAGGCGAUCUUACAACGAGUCGGAUGAGAUUCUAAUGCAGCUCUCUGUCGAAUUGCUCACGCCGUCCACUGACUGCGGCAUUCACUUCCAAUCGGAGACAAUGAUUUGCGGCGCGGACAGCGAGGACAACAAAAACUUCAACUAUGAAACGGAUUACUGUCAGGGUAACAGCGGAGGGCCGCUGCUCUGCGAGGGUGAAGUGACUGCACUGCAGACUUACGUCAAUGGCGAAUGCAAGCAGCCGCAUCUGUUUCAACUGCUAGCCGCGUGGGAGAAGUUCAUCGAGUGCGGCGUCGAAGAGCGCUGCCUCGACGGCGAAUGCAACGGGACGUGUACAACGCUAAACAAGGACACGCCCAUAAACGAAAUCGUCGUGCAGACCACAAUCAACACCACAGCCACCUCGACACCAGAGCGUGACACCGUGUAUUCUGAGGGCACAGAGCAGCAGACGGCCACUGGCGCCCCCGAAACUGAGAAAGCCAGCGAGGAUGGCGACGACUCGACUCCACCCACGUUGACUGCCACAUCACCCGACUCGACCACCACUCCGGCCGUAGAGACAACGGAGACCACGCUGCUGAGCAGAUUGGACGAAGAACAAACGACCACGUGGCCGUCCAGCAAAGUCAGCGAGGAUGCCAGAGGUUUCGAUCGAUCCGAUGAUGCAGAGAAUGUUGACAGACAUGCAAACGUCGAAGCCCAACAGCAGAUGGUUAUGACGAAAACGCGAGGCGAUGCGGACGUGGUACAUUUGUCCCGAAGUCUUGUCUGCCUUUUAGUUUCUCUUGCCUCAGUUACUCUACUUUACUGU